AUGAACGGCCACGCCAACGGACAGUCGGAGCACCGUUUCGACGUGAUCAUCGUCGGCGCAGGCAUCUCCGGUAUUAACGCUGCCUAUCGCGUUCAAGACCAGCUCCCUGGCUUCAGCUAUGCCGUUCUCGAGGCUCGCCAUGACCACGGCGGCACUUGGGACCUGUUCAAGUACCCCGGUAUCCGAUCCGACUCGGACCUCUUCACAUUCGGCUUCGCCUUCAACCCCUGGAAUCGCAGCAACCCUAUCGCUGAGGGCUCUGCGAUCAAGACCUACAUUGGCGACACCGCGCGCAAAUUCGGCAUCGACAAGAACAUCCUCUACAAGCACAAGCUCACCAGCGCCGACUGGUCAAAUGAGGAGCAUGUCUGGAACCUGUCGGUCGACGCCGACGGCAAGGAGAAGAAGUACACCGCGCGAUUCGUGAUCUUCGGCACGGGCUACUACAACUACAAGCAGCCCCUCCAAGCCAAGAUCCCCGGGCUAGACGCCUUCAAGGGCCAAAUCAUCCACCCACAAUUCUGGCCCGAAGAUCUAGACUACGCGGGCAAGAAGAUCGUGAUCAUCGGCUCCGGCGCCACGGCCAUCACUCUCCUCCCCAAUCUGGCCGACAAAGCCGCCCGCGUCACAAUGCUCCAGCGCAGCCCAACUUACAUCCUCUCCCUCCCCAACCGCUCCGCCAACCACUGGCUCUCCUACAUCCUCCCCUCAGCCGCAUAUCAGCGCAUCCAACGCGCAGUCUGGAUCGUCACAACCCGUAUUUUCUUCCUCUUCUGCCAGAAAUUCCCCACUUUCUCCAAAUGGAUCCUCAAGAAAAACGUCAGCCGCCAACUCCCCAAACACAUCCCCUACGACCCCCACUUCGCCCCUAGGUAUAACCCCUGGGACCAGCGACUGUGCGUCUGCCCAGAUGGGGAUUUCUUCAAGAGUCUGCGCGCAGGCAAGGCCGACGUGCGCACGGACACUAUCAAGACCGUUACCCCCAAGGGUAUCACGCUGAACAGCGGCGAGACCCUGGACGCCGAUAUCAUCGUCACCGCAACAGGUCUGCAGCUCCAACUCGCGGGUGGCGCCCAACUCUCCGUGAACGGGGAGAAAUACGACCCCGGCGCGAAGUACAUGUGGAACGGAGUCAUGCUGCAGGAUCUCCCCAACGCGUCAUUCAUCAUCGGAUACACCAAUGCCUCUUGGACCCUCGGCUCCGACGCAACCGCUCAAUUCGUCACGCGUCUAAUGAAGACCCUCGACCAGCGCAAAUUGAUCGCCGCGACGCCGCGCCUGAAGCCUGCCGACGCGAAGAAUAUCCAGGAACGUCCGCUGUUGAAUCUCAGCUCGACGUACGUGACUCUUGCGCAGCGCGUGCUGCCGCGCGCUGGUGAUAAGGGGCCCUGGCAGCCAAGGGAUCAUUAUCAGAAGGAUAUCAAGUUUGCGUUGAAGGGAGAUAUUAAUGAGGGGAUGGAGUUUGUGGCGGGGCCGAAUUUGCGUUUGCGUCCGAAGUUGUCGUAG